CUAUCUCUGUCAAAUAAAUAAAUAAAAUCUUUAAAAAAAAAAAAUGUAGAGAUGUGAAGGGAGGGUUGUGGUGUGUUGGGGGAUACCAACUCUUCAGAGCAGAGGUUGGCAAACUACAGCUUAUAAUGCCAAAUGCAGCUUGCCACCUGCCUUUGUAUGGCCUGUGAUCUGAGAAUGGCUUUUACAUUUUUAAUGGUUGAAAAAGAAUCGAUAUUUCAUGACACAUGAAAAUUAUAUGAAAUUAACAUUUCAGCAUCCAUAAAUAAAGCUUUAAUGGACCCCCCCCAUUGGUUUACCUAUUGUCCAGCUGUUUUUGCACUAUAACUGCAGGAUUCCAUAGUUGUGAGAGGCUGUACGUGGCACUCUUCUCACUUAGUAUUGCUGUUCAGUGUACUACAGACAGCAAGGACACCGUUACAACUUGCCAGUGUCUCCAGUGCUGUGUGUAUCAGUGCACCACAAUGUUUCAUUUAUUCCUUAUUACCAGUGCCUGCCAGUCCUGUUAGAGCAGGCGAGGAAGAGAAGAAUGGGCUUGGAGUGUCAUGUUUUUAGGGUACGGCGGAGUGUGAAUUCUUUUGUUACCAAAUUAGGUGGCAGAGCCGUCUUUAGUAAAGAGCUGUGCUGUGAAAGGACCCAUCCACAUUACUAGACUAAAGAGUUGUCACGGUAGUUCCAGUGUGUAGGAAGGAAAUGGUCGGAAAAAUUAGAUAAAGGGCCUGUUUCAUUACAGCAGGAUUUCUUCACAAAAAGGAAAAUGAGGCUAUGACUGGAGUAAGUUUCUUGAGUGGCUCAUUGAUUAGCUGAGCAAGGAAAGCCAUUUACUGAUACUGAUGAUAGUGAAUUACAUUGUGUGUGAUUGCAGCAGCUGAAGAAAUGCGUCGUGAGCAAACAGACUUGUUUAAAAGUGUUAGCCUUUCAUCAAGAACAACUUCUCAAAAUGUGCAAGUCCUUGGGAGGAAUAGCAGUAGUCAAAAUACCAGGCCAGUGAUUUCAUGUGGUUUUCCUCGGGCUCUUGAUGAGUCAACAGAUGCCACUGUUACUGUUUAGUUGGUUUCUUCAUGGAGUCAGUGCCUCAUUUGAAGUGACUGAAGAAUUAGCAUCAAUGAACAGUCUAGUUGAAACAAUGACAGCUGAGAAUAUUUUCAAAAGGGUUAAGGAAAAACUCAGUACAAUCUGAAGUAUGAUCUGCUAAUAUCUGUUACAGCUGAUGAUGGUAAGAAUGUGUGUGUGGAGCAGAAAAAGAUUUAAUUGUACAAAUUUACAAAGCUUAUGAAAAUGUAAGGUGUGUAAAGCCUGUGGUUAUUGAUCACAUUAUUCAUCAGCAGGUACUCUGCAGAAAAAUAUUGAAUCCAUCAUGUUAAUUGAACUGCUGGAAUCAGCAAUGAACUUUACUACCUCUUGUGGACUUCACCAUGAUAAUCAAUUCCAUGAAUUUUUGUAGAGAAGCUGAAUAUUCUGGCAUGCCCUACUACACAGUAGUUUGAUGGUUUAGCAGUGGUAAAGUUUUCUUGUAAUUUUCUGAGUUCAGGGCUGAUGUUGAAAUUUUUCUGAAUGAGAAGAAUCAUUCUCAACCACUGUUCUUGAAUGCUGAAUAGCUAUGGAAAUUGGCUUUUGCUGCAGACUUGAUAAGGUUUCUUAAUGACUUCAGCCUAAAAUUACAAUGCAAACAGCUUCUUUUGCAAACCUUAAAUUGUAGUAAAAUUAUUUCAACAACUAAUGUUUGAAUCAUAAGUCAUGUCAAGCUACUUUAUACACUUCCUGCGUACUGUCAAAAGUUAAAGGCAAGAUUUCCAUUCCUAUACAAAGUUACUGUGGAUAUGAUUUCUAAACACAAACUAUAGUUCUAGCAGUGGUUUUGCUGCUUGGUGUGAAUGCAAAAGAAAUUUCUUUAUUUUGGAAUCCAUUUACCUGGGCCAGUAAGGAGUUUACAUCAAACCUUCAAUUGGAAGCGAUUAAAAGGCAACUAUCAAGACUCUAAUAGAAUUCUAUAGAUGUCUUCUAAGAGAAGAAUGUGCUCAAUUAAAAUCACGCUUGUAGAAUGUUAACAGCAUUUGGUAGUACCUGUCUAUGUGAAAAGACAUUUUCAAAGAUGAAAUCUGUAAAAUCUUAUAGAAUCUGCAUUAACAGAUGAACAUUUGUAAUCAAUUUGAUGAAAGGGACCUUAACUCUACAAAUGUUAUCCAUCCCCCCAAAUCUGAUCUUAUUAGUAGAACCUCUACAAAAAUUGUAGCCAAUUACUAGAUUUUGAAUUUCAUCGAUAAAAUGUGUAAGUUUGUUUCCUCUUGUUCUGUAAGUACGUAUUAUCCUCAGUUUGGCCUCUUGGCCCGCAAAGCCUAAAAUACUCACUAACUGGUCCUUUACAGGAAAAGUUUGCUAACCCUGCUCUAGAGUGUGGUUGGUUGUUGGGGAGGGAGCAGGUCAGUUGCAGCAGGGCAGGUAGAGUCAGAGUGAGGCCUUGUGACACACUAUUCCGUGGGGGACUAGAAGAAGCCGUGGGGGAUGAGAUAUGGAUUAGAACACCAGCUCCUUUCUCCCCAUUGCUUCUAAACUUACAUAGUUUUUCUGUUACCUCUGAUACUUUUCUGUUUAUUCAGUUUGUUUAAAUUCUCUUCACACUUCUCCCCAGAAGAGAGUGAAACACCCAAACUGAUAAAUCUAUUACGUGAGACAACUUGGAAUAGGAUUUAAAGUUUAGCUGGAAAUUGAACUGGUAGCAGUUUAGCACUUGAUUUAACACCUCCUUCAGGGUGAUGUAACUUACUGAAUUUAUUGUUAAUCCCUUAUGUGCCAUCGCUGUUAGUGGGGCAAGUGAUUGAAUUUAGAUUUCCAAUAGCCUGCUUUUUGCUGUUACUUAGAGAUUUGGAAAAUAAAAAUCCAAUAAAUGUUGAAAAUGUCAUUUGAUUUUUUUUAAAUGUGGUUGCAUAUAUGUGAUUUUAAAGGUUUUAGGGAAAAGCAUUAAUAGUUGUGUAAAGCGGUUUAGCAAUAUGAUAGGUACAUUAUGAUUAUAUAUGUGUAAAAAUACCAAGAGAAGAUUUACCAAAAGGCUAACAUUAGUGAUGGGAUUAAGGGCGAUUUUGCCCUUUUGUCCAUUUUCCAAAAUAUUUGUAAGUGGGUGUGUGACUUUCAUAAUAAUCUUUUACAUUUACAAAUAAACCAUUGCUAGGAUAAUUAAUGUGAUGUCCUGAAAAGGAGUGAAAGGUAGCUUUGAUGUAAGCUCAGCCGUCAGCAGACAUGAAGGUGCUGCUUAGUAAAGGUGAAGCUCUGAGCAAUUCAGUGUCCAUCCCUUCUUCCGGUUGAAGGCGUGGCUUUCUCUGACAGAGCUCUUAUUUGCCCAGGGCCUGUAUGGUUUCUGGACUCAUUCUGGCCAUAGUAGUUCACCAAGCCUUGCAGUUUGGAACUGUUCUAUGUUACUAGCUUUUACUCUUGAGGGCAGAUAUUCCUGGGAGAUGGGAGUGUGAAGAACUUAGUUGUGUGGCCUUGUGCCUACCCCAGAGCUUGGAAGGGGGAGUGAGUAGUUGGUGUGUCUUCCCUACUCAGACCCCAGGACUUCUAGGGUUUCCUGAGAGUUGGUUGAAUUAAAGAGUGAAUUUCAACUGACUCUUUAAUUUCUUAGAUCUUGAACUUUCAGAGCCUUAAGAUGAAGAGAAGGAUUGGAGCUUAACAGUGACAGUUGUGCAUGUCCAUUGAAAAUUUGUUUCAUUUCAAUCCAUGAAAAUAGAAGUCAUUUCUAAGUGCUUUUCUCCUUGCCUUCUGGGCACUGCAUUGCCUCUUAGCACAGGGUCAGAGAGGGAGAGAGGGAAAUUCUGAACAAACAUUUCAGUUCCUAGGUAGCAGAUGGUACAGUUCCAUUCAUGAUUUUAGCAAAAAGUUAGAAAUUUCUCUUCUCUGAUUGUAGUUGGUCAAAAGUGGGCUCUCUGGCUGCAUAAAGUUGGUCACUCAGCCCCUUCUCUGAUGAGGGGCUUUUCUGCAGGACACUGCCCUGCAGUUGCCCUGCAGGUUUCCUGCAGUGUAGUCCUUUUCACAAGGGAAUGGGGAUUAGGCUUUCACCUCUCAGUGCUCUGCCUGCUGGCAGCAUCAUAAAGCUGUUGGUAUUGCUUUGUGGGCUUUGCCCUUUCUGUGAGUUCAUUUCUUGUAUUCAUUCAGUAAACUGUAUUUGGUUCUUACUUGCUGUCAAGGAUUUGAUAAUCUAGUAGUAGAGAAAAAUAUAUAGAUUAUUAAUAUGCAUUGCAGGAUAAAGGCUAUAAAAAUAUCUACAGAACAUGCUGGCAAAACCUGGAGAUUAUAACUUUUAGCUGGGGCAAGGGCAGAAAGGGGAGGAUGGGUGGAAGUCAAGGAAGGUAACAUGGAGGUGCUGGCAUCAGAUUUAUUACCAUUGAAUUCAGCCUUGAAAGAUGUCUACAGGUAAGGAAGGGGACAGAAACAGGGAAGUUAAAGAUCUAUUUGCAAGGACUCCAGUUUUAGUAGCUAGAAUGGAGAGGAAUCAAGGGAAAUAAGGCUGGAAAAAAAUAUUGGGCCAAAUGUUUAGGGCCUGGAAUGCCAAGCUGAAUAGUUGGUGCUUAUCUGGAGCUACUGGGGGGAAGCUAAAGACUUUUAAGAAAGUGAGAAUUAAACUUGGGCUGUAGGAAGAAUAAACAAGUGCUGUGUAGUAUAAAUUGGACAAAGGAGAGGCUGGAAGCAAAGAGACUGGUUUAUCAAAAAGUACCAAGUCCCUGGCCUACGACUUAAAGUGAGAUAAUUUGUUGCCUAUGUCUGUCCUCUGUGGCAUCCCUGCCAGCCAGAGCCCUGGUGGAGCCCUGGUAUUUGCGUGUGGCACUGUGGACAUGGCUGCCCCAAGCAAGCAGGCUUGCCAAGACUCCUUCUCCAAGAGGACAGACUGUGCCCGAAGUCAGGGUGACCACAUCUUAGAGUUCUUCCCCAUGCUGCUUCCUGGUUUUUUACUGAGGCACUGAUACCAAGCAGACGGACACUACUCAGGGUUGGCAGAUUUAGCAAAUAAAAAGACAGGAUGCUAGUCAGAUUGGAAUUUCAAAUAGUGGAUACAUUUUUAUUAUCAGUGUGCCCCAUGAAAUACUUGGUUUAUCUGAAAUUCCGAUUUAACUGGGUGUCCUAUAUUUAAUCUGACAGUCCUAAUCACUCUUCACUCUUCUCUGCUCCUGGCUCUGGAUUCUGCUUCCUUCUCUUCCGUUUUCCAUCUCUUACCUCCUGAGUUAAUCUCCUAGUGGGUCCAGAGUCAGAUGGAGUAUGUGAUGCCCAGGAGGGAUCAGCCUAGUAGUUUGGAGGGUGGGUGUCCCAUCUCAGUGCCAGGGUUUGGGAUGUGUGCAGCACGAGGUACAGCUUUCUAACCAGACAGGAAGAAAGACCUUGUGUUCCAGUGCCAAAAGGGACAGGAGAACAUCAGGCCCUAGGGAGACUUCCAGGUUUCUGCCCAGUGUCUCCAAAUGUACCUGGGACCCAGAGAUGAUGUCCCUGCAAUUUGGCGGCUCCUGCACCUCACCUUAUCCUCCUUUCCCCUUUUCAGUUCCUCUCUACCCCACUUACAUCCCACAAAAGUACUUGGAGCUCAUGGACCCAGACAUAUUCUCAUAAGCUCAUACUUAGCCCUUUGCCUAAAACAUCCUUCCCACAUUCUUUACCCACCAGCACCUCCCCAUUUCCCUUCCUCUCCCAGCCUGGGCCCCAUGCUUUGGGUUUGCAAGGAUCCCUCAGCAAACCUCCUUUAUAACCUUUUCCAUAUUUGGUUGAUUCUGCCUGUUACUUGUGUGUCUGUCCCAUGAAAGUAUGGGCUUCCAAGGGCAAGGACCUGCUUCUUCAUUAGGGUCCUCAGUGCCUGCUACCCUGCCUGCAGCUACUAGAUGCUCAAUAAAUAUGUGCUGAAUGAAUAACAGACUCUAUUUGGAAGUUUUACUGUCCUUUAAACCUUUAUUUGUGUUCCUCAGGGAGCAUCCAGCUCCAGCUUUCCCUGGCCCAGUACAUACACCUGGACACUUCUCCAUACUUCAAGGCGGAGAGGAUUUUUCAGCACUUUCCAUUAACAUUAAAGAAAACUUGUCUGGAAAGUCUCAGCCCUCAACCUACCUGUCUCUACACCUUCUAUAUGCCCAGACUAGUAAGGCCCCAAGUAUCCUGGCAUGAGCCACAUUCUCUCACCAUUGUCCCAUGCCUUCUAGCUUCAUGUGCUACGCCAAGCCUGGACAGUUACUUCAGGUCAGGUUGUUCCCUCUGCCCCCUUCUGCACACAAUCUUCUGUGCCUUCUGGAAUCCUCUUCAUUGCUGGCAUCACAUGCCCUCUAUCAAGCCAUUUGUUGCCUGCAUUGUUAGGGCUUAAGGAAAUGAAUAAAGAGAACUGCACUGCCUUCCUGUCCCUGCUGUGUAGGGGCUCCCAAGUCUAAGACACCCUCCACCUGGAUACAUAGAGUGAGCAAAAACACAGAUGGAUGGCAUGUUCUGUAAGGGGUUCCAAAGUAGCAGUCUCCCCAGCCCUCAGCCUGGAGCUCCAGCCCUGCUCCUGGGACAGGUACCUGAAGGAAUUCCGCACGGAGCAGUGUCCACUCUUUGUGCAACACAAAUGCACUCAGCACCGGCCCUACACCUGCUUCCACUGGCACUUCGUGAACCAGCGACGUCGCCGGUCCAUCCGCCGUCGGGACGGCACCUUCAACUACAGCCCCGACGUCUACUGCACCAAGUACGACGAGGCCACAGGCCUCUGUCCGGAGGGCGACGAGUGCCCAUUCUUGCACAGGACCACAGGGGACACUGAGCGCAGGUACCACCUGCGCUACUACAAAACUGGAAUCUGUAUCCACGAGACAGACUCAAAAGGCAACUGCACCAAAAACGGCCUGCACUGCGCUUUUGCCCACGGGCCCCAUGACCUCCGGUCCCCUGUCUACGACAUCAGAGAGCUCCAGGCCAUGGAGGCCUUGCAGAACGGCCAGACCACAGUAGAGGGCAGCAUAGAGGGCCAGACGGCUGGGGCUGCGAGCCAUGCCAUGAUAGAAAAAAUCCUCAGUGAGGAGCCACGGUGGCAAGAGACUGCUUAUGUGCUGGGGAACUAUAAGACGGAGCCGUGCAAGAAGCCCCCGAGGUUGUGCCGCCAGGGUUAUGCCUGUCCCUACUACCACAACAGCAAGGACCGGCGGCGGAGCCCCCGGAAACACAAAUACAGGUCAUCUCCGUGCCCGAACGUAAAACAUGGGGACGAGUGGGGAGACCCUGGCAAGUGUGAGAAUGGAGAUGCCUGCCAGUACUGCCACACCCGCACGGAGCAGCAGUUCCACCCGGAGAUCUACAAAUCCACCAAGUGCAACGACAUGCAGCAGUCGGGCAGCUGUCCCCGAGGACCUUUCUGCGCCUUCGCCCACAUAGAACAGCCACCCCUCAGUGAUGAUUUACAACCUUCUUCAACUGUGUCGAGCCCCACUCAGCCGGGUCCCGUCUUGUACAUGCCAUCUGCUGCCGGAGACUCGGUGCCCGUGAGCCCCUCCAGCCCGCAUGCCCCUGACCUCAGCGCUCUCCUCUGUAGAAACAGCAAUCUAGGAAGCCCAUCUAAUCUCUGUGGCUCCCCCCCGGGCUCCAUCAGGAAGCCCCUGAACCUGGAAGGCAUUGUCUUCCCUGGGGAGUCGGGCCUCGCCCCUGGCAGCUAUAAGAAGGCUCCUGGCUUUGAGAGGGAAGACCAGGUGGGAGCCGAGUACCUGAAAAAUUUUAAAUGCCAGGCCAAGUUAAAACCCCACUCACUAGAGCCCAGGAGUCAAGAGCAGCCUUUGCUUCAGCCCAAACAGGACAUGCUGGGCAUCCUUCCCGUGGGCAGCCCCCUGACCUCAAGCAUCUCUUCUAGUAUCACCUCCAGCCUGGCAGCUACUCCCCCUAGCCCUGCCGGCACCAGCAGCGUCCCUGGCAUGAAUGCAAAUGCUCUGCCCUUCUAUCCCACCAGCGACACGGUAGAGUCAGUCAUAGAGUCUGCCUUGGAUGACCUGGACCUGAACGAGUUUGGGGUGGCCGCCCUAGAGAAGACUUUCGAUAACAGCACUGUGCCCCACCCAGGCAGCAUCACAAUUGGCGGCAGUUUGCUGCAGAGCUCUGCACCCGUGAACAUCCCUGGCUCCUUGGGCAGUUCCGCUUCCUUCCACUCAGCAUCCCCGUCCCCUCCUGUCAGCCUCUCCUCACAUUUCCUGCAGCAGCCCCAGGGCCACCUGAGCCAGUCAGAAAACACAUUUUUGGGGACCUCAGCAUCACACGGAUCUUUGGGUCUGAACGGGAUGAAUAGCAGCAUCUGGGAGCAUUUUGCCUCUGGUAGCUUCUCCCCAGGCACUUCCCCUGCCUUCCUGUCAGGGCCAGGGGCCGCUGAGCUGGCCCGGCUACGGCAAGAGCUUGAAGAAGCCAACGGCACCAUCAAGCAGUGGGAGGAGUCCUGGAAGCAGGCCAAGCAGGCUUGUGAUGCCUGGAAGAAGGAGGCAGAGGAGGCCGGUGAGCGGGCCAGCGCAGCAGGUGCCGAGUGCGAGCUGGCCCGGGAGCAGCGUGAUGCACUGGAGGGGCAGGUUAAGAAGCUACAGGAAGAACUGGAGCGGCUGCACUCAGGCCCCGACCCACAGGCCUUGCCCACCUUCUCCGAUCUGGAGGCCCUCUCGCUCUCCACCCUGUACUCCCUCCAGAAGCAGCUGCGGGCCCACCUGGAGCAAGUGGACAAGGCCGUGUUCCACAUGCAGUCGGUGAAAUGCCUUAAGUGUCAGGAGCAGAACCGAGCGGUGCUGCCGUGCCAACACGCCGUGCUGUGUGAGCUCUGCGCCGAGGGCAGCGAAUGCCCCGUCUGCCAGCCCAGCCGGGCCCACACCCUCCAGUCGUGACCCUGCAGGCCUGGCCCCGGCCCGGCUCAGAUCUUCUUACCUAGGACUUUUUAAAGUAUAUAUAUAUAUAUGUAUGUAUGUAUGUAUGUAUGUAUAUGUAUAUGAUUAUAUGUAUACAUUUCUGUGCGUGUGCAGGUGUGUGUGGGCAGCAGUGUGAACAGUGUCUGUGUGUAUAUCUGUACAUAGAUAUAGACACACACUUUAAAACAGACUUACCAAGCACUUUUUAAAAGAAAAAACUAUUUUGCAGCCCUCCCCUUGCCCACUCUCUCCUUUUCCACUGCAGAGACAAAGUCCCCUCAUCGCCCACCGGCCUUUCGGCAGGGGAUAUGUUUCUGUCUCUUUUUAAUGUAGGAAAACUAACUAGUUUUAACUUCUUCCUGGGGCCUGAGCAGGAAGAUGGAAGGGGCCGAGGGGAGGGGAUCAAGCCUUCAGGGCAGGCCCUGUUCACUGCACCUCCCCACGCCAGGGCCAGAGCCAGGGGUGUGUACAUCCCCGGGGACAGACCUGGUUCCCAGGCGUGAGGCUUGAGAGGGGGGUGUGCUGGGGUCUAAGCCAGCCUAGCUCCUAGGUUUACCAAAUGUGUAUUUAGUCUGGGGCUGGCAGGCCAAAGCUGCAAGGGCCAGCCCCACUCCCAACCCUGGGCCCUUGAAGCUCCUUGAGGGGAAAGGCCCGGGAGUUCUACCCCUCAGGUUCCUGAGGCCAGGGCUCCACCUCAGUCCUCUCUCUCUGGGCCCCCAGAGCGGCUUCCCUGGCCCCAGGACCACCUACCAGACUGGCACUGCCCUCUUCAUAACACCCCAGCUGCUGUCAGCUUCCCCCCUUUCUCCCCUCCCCUCCCUCUGGCAGCUACCAGGGCAGUUGGUGGGGAGGAGCUGCAGACUGGGGACCAAGGUGGGGCUUAGGCCCUGCCCUCCUCACAAGGAGGGGCUCCGUAUGCAUUCCUUGGUGCUCUCUGAGUGCAGCUGACGUCUUGCCCGUUUGGAGCGGACGCCCGUGUACAUGUGUGUGCGUGCCUGUCCAUGUAUAUUGUGUCUUAGCUUCCAUUUUAAAAAUUGUUCUGUACAGAAAGAUGCAGUGGGGGCGGGAGGGCAGAGCAGGUGGAGGGAAGCCACCCUGCUCCCAGCGCUGGGGGUCUGGGGUGGGAACAAGAGGGCUGUGAAGGGUCUGGCUUGGCCCAGGCUCCCCCUUGGGCUCAGCACGAAAGGGCUUUCAAUGAAUUAAGUGAAAACUUUUUUUUUUUUUACAAAAAUGCAAAAAUCAACAAAGCUCCAAGCCUAUUGGAAAUAAAAUAUGAACUUACAA